AUGGCGUUCGGUAAGGGCGAAGACGCGGUGACCACCACCAGUGUGACUUCGUCGCCGCCAAAUGGGGUACAUCGUGACGAUGUGAGCAUCAAGAACGACGCUGAGCUGAAGAAAAGAGUCAUGCGAAAAAUCGACUUUUGGCUUGUUGGAUUUUAUUCACUUGUUUAUAUCUUCCGUGUCAUCGACUCCCAAAAUUAUGCCAACGCCGCCAUCAUCAACUUGGAAGCUGGCACUGGAAUCAAGAAGGAGCUUAAUUUCAACGCAUCACAGUGGGCUUGGACACAGUCCAUAUUUUCUUACAGCUAUCUCAUUUUCGAGCCAUCUAACACGGUCCUUCUCAAAUGGAUCAAACCAUCGAGAUGCAUGUUUGUUCUGAUCCUCUCCUGGGGGGUCUGUGCUUGCGCUGCUGGAGCUGCACAGGACUUUCCAGGGAUGAUGUGCGUGCGGUUUGCGAUCGGAUUAGCAGAGGCCGGGUUUUAUCCAGCCGUGCUCUACCAUAUGGCAUUCUGGUAUAAGCCAUCCGAGCUGCGCUGGAGAAUUGCUCUCUUCUAUUCCCUCGGUCAAGUGUCUGGCGCAUUGAGUGGGUUACUGGCAUACGCCAUCAGUUACAUGGAUGGGGCAGGCGGAAUUUCAGGCUGGAGGUGGCUGUUCAUUCUUGAAGGUCUUCCUGCCAUUGUCUUAUCUGUUGUGGCAUUAUUCGGUCUUCCUGACUACCCCGAGGAUGCUCGCAUGUUAACCGAGGAGGAGCGUAUUUUCCUCAACGGCCGUCUAUCCUCUUCUGCUCCUUCAGGAAAAGACAAAAGCUGGGACUGGGCUGGUAUCAAGGCGCUAUUAUCUAGCCCUACCCUCUAUACAUUUUCCGUAUAUUGGAUAGGACAUGGUAUCGGCGGAUUUGGUGUCAACUAUGCACUACCUACGGUAAUCUACGAGCUUGGUUUCACCUCGACGGCUUUAUCUCAAUUAAUGAAUAUACCUCCAUACGUCGCAUGCUUUUUCUUUCUAAACACUCUUGGAUACCUACUCCAUAAGGGCUGGAUUAGACCUUGGACUAGUGCAGUAGCGAUCGAGAGUACCAUUAUCAUCUGCUACAUCAUACUUAUCACGGUCUCAAAUUCGAUUGUCAAAUACAUUGCCCUCAUUGUCGCCACUGCUUGUGCCGGGUCUGCGUACCCCGUGAUUUGGCCAGAGCGCAUUCGCGCUCUCGACGGAACUGUAGCUGCAGGUAUCGGAAUUGGACUGACAAAUGCCAUGGCCCAGUUUAGUGGAAUUGCAGGUCCUCAUAUCUACAGCUCAGUCUUUGGUCCGACAUACCAUGUGUCAUAUAUCAUCUGCCUCUCCUUUCUUUGUUUGGCAAUUUCGGGCAUAUUGAGCUCGUGGUGGCUCGUUUGGCGGAAAGAUAAAGAGAGUUCGAAGAAUGACGCAGUAGCUCGGACCGUGCUUGAAAAUGAGGUCUAG